AUCUAAUAGCUUAAUUCUACUAGAAAUUAAUCUACUUAUGUAUAACAUAGAAUUAUAAAAACUUUAUAGAGAGGGUCUGAACUGAUCAUAUUAACAGAAAUUUUUCAAAAUGGUUAAGAAUCAUCCUUAUACAAUAACUACUUUCUCAAUUUCUCUACUGUGCCACAAAAACCAAGCUGUGCAAAUAAAACCCAUUAGAGCUCUACCAAUCUAAAAGCAAUUGAAAAUUAGUAUAUUUUCUACAUUUUUUUCUUUAACCUUUGCAUUUGACUCAAAUGAGUUUAAGGAUUUUGUAUUUUUAAUCUUGUUUUUAUUAAAUCUGUUCUAGAAAUAAAUUUGUCAUCUCUGGAGAAUAGUCUCUAUUUUCAGACUAUUUGUUGGACUAAACCAAGGUUGCACUGGUAUUAUUUCAGUAAAACUUCAAAACCUUACCAAAAUCCUUUCAGAAUACUUUAAGAUUGAAUUACAUUUCAAUAAAUAUUAAUUACCCUAAGAAAGAAAAGAAAAUCAUAAUAUUUUUAUUCUCUCAUCCUUUUUUGUUUAUUAGUUGGAAUUCUAUGAAGAGAAAUUUGUCUUUACUCUGUAAUAACUCUAAGGAAAGAAUGGAAUAGAAAAGCUAGGAUAAACACACAAUUUCUCCCUAAAUACCACUAGUUUUAAACCUAUUAAUAUUUAAGUUGUGUUUAGAAUUACUCCAAAGUGACCAUGUGAUGUUUUAAUAGUGUUUUUAACUCAUAAAUUUUGUGAUUUUGUAUGUUUCAACCAUUACAAUUAUUCUUACCGAUGCUCAAGCUUUCCUAUAUUUGAUUAGCAGAAACCUGUUCAGGCUGGCUUCUGAAUCCUAUUGGCACAAUGUAGUCUUCAAGGCAUCCCAGCUCUUUUUUAUGACAAGAUAUUCCAGGCCUAUCUUAUAUCUUUACACCUGGUAUUAGUCACAUAUCAAGGAUCCAUGGUGCUUUUAUUUAUGGUGCUAGUUGCACUUAUUACUACUUAGUUGAUCAUUGUUUCUAGACCUUUUCAGUGGAGAGAGCUAAUACACACACACGUAGAUAUCUAUAUCUAUCUAUGUCUAUAUCUGUAUCUACAUAUCUCCUGUAUGUAUGUAUGCAUUUUUCCAGACUGAAAAACUCAACUCAAAUUUGGGUAUACAAAAUAUUCCCUAACCUCAUUGGAUCUUAUAUUAUAGAUUAUAUUUAAAGCCAUGACACCAGAUAAGGUCAUUAAGGAAGUAAAUAUAGACAGCAAAGAAGAUAUUCCACAGACUGAAUUUUGGAAUAUUCCAGCAAUGAAGACUAAGAGCAAAUGACCACUGAAGUAGGAAGAAAACCAGGGGUGUGUGGUGAAACCAAGUGAAUAAAAUGUAUCAAAGAGAAGGGCACAUUAAUGACAUACAAUUCUGCUAAUACAUCAAUUAAAAUGAGGUCUGGAUAUUGAUCACUGGAUUUAUUACUGUGAAUGUCUUUAAUGUUAUUGAUGAAAAUAUUUGCAUUGGAGUGGUAAAGGCAAAACCUGAUUAGAGUUGGUGAAAAAUGAACUGGAGGAGAGGAAAUAUAUACAAGGAAUGUGACUAAAGUUUGGGCUUAGAAACAUGGACUGUAGGAGCAAGAAGGAAGACAGCUAAUAGCAAUGUACAUUUGGGUAGAGAGUAGAUGUCAUGAGGACAGAGUAUAAUAUUUCUCCUGAUAUUUCUGUUUUGUUAGUGAAUUUCCUAGACAAGAUCAUCAGCUAAUAAUCAGGGUGCAGCCAGAAAUGAAGAUUUGAGAGAGGUAAAGUGAUUGGGUCAUUAAAAAGUAUUACGUCUAGCAAUGCCUCUAUGACUCAGUGAGUUAAGUGGUUAUAAAUAUAAAAUAAGCCCUAAGGGCAUGUUACUGAGUUGUUCUUCAAUUACUUAAAACAGUACGGAUGCAAAUACUAAGAAGAAAGAAAGUGGAUUUAACUGAGGUGAGCUUUGCCUGGGAAGAUCAAUAAAUUGAAAGAGAAACAGGAGAAUUGAGGGUAUACAGAAGGAAGUGAUUAAAAUAAUUGCAUGAAAAAAUUCAAGUAAGGAGGAAAAUGCAAAUAUGAGUGUCCUGGCUUGAAUUGUGUCUCCCAAAAAGAUAUGAGGAAGUCCUAACCCCCUGUACCUGUGAAUGUCACUUUUCCUGAAAAGAGAGUCUUAGCAGACCUUAUCAAGUUAAGAUGAGGUCAUGAGUGUGGUCCCCAGUCAAAGAUGACUAGCGUUUAUUUAAGAACAGAGGACAGAGACAUAACGGGAGAAGAUGGCCAUGUGGUAACAGAAGCAGCUGUUGGAGUGAUACACCUAUAAAACAAGGAGUUCAGGCUGUCAGCAAACACCAGGAGGUGGAAGAGGUAAGGAGGAUUCUUCCCUACAGGUCUCAGAGGGAGCAUGGCUCUGCUGACACCUUGAUUUUUGAUUUCUGGCCUCCAAAAGUGUGAGACAAUAAAGUUCUGUUUUAGGUCACUCAGCUUGUAGACUUUGUUAGUGCAGUCUUAGGAAAUGCAUUCAUUUAUAUGUUGUCUGUGGUUAAUUUAACACCAGAAUGGCAGAGGUGAGUGGUUGUGAUAGAGAUUGCAUGGUCCUACAAAACCUAAAAUAUUUCUUAUUUGUCCCUUUAUAGAAGUUUGUUAACUCCCUCAUCUAGAGUUUGGAAAUGGGAAUGAAAGGCUGAAGUAGGCUACAAUCCAAUGCAAGGUUGCACAUAAGAAGCUCUGAAUAAGUGUAAAAAUUAUGUGCAUUCAAAACAAUAACAUUAACUGUGGACUCUGGAAAUAAGAAAAGGAAUCGUGUUGGAGAGUGAGACUGAGCCAGUUGGGAAUAGACAAAAUUACAUUCUCAGGGGAGAAUUUCAUUUCUUGGUGAGGAAUAUUAUGCCCUUUGGGCUGGUAAAUACUAUCUCCUCUUGAAUAAAACAGUGGUCUGGCCACCUGUUAGACACUGAGAAGUCUAGACUAACACUCAAUGUAUUCGGAUGUUUGCUCACUAUUCUGAUGGAAAAGUCUGGUUUGAUUGUUAAAGUAAAAUAUUUGGCCUUUCAGAGUGUGAAAACACCAUUGCUUCAUUGCAAGGUUUAAUAUAAACCCAUUUUUCUUGCAUUUUCUUUUCUUUCUUUUGUAGUAAAAUGUGCUUGAAUAAUAUUAACUAUUCUGACCAUUAUGUGAACUAAAUAUAUAUAUAUAAAAUGAUCAUACCUUCCGCUCAUUUAUUUGCAACGUGCUUUUGAAUACAUUAUAUAAUUUAAUCCUUAAAACAGCCCUAUAAAUCUGUUUUUUUUAAACAAAAAAAUUCUGCUUUACAAAGGAAGAAGUUGAGACUCAAUAAAAUUAAGUGACCAUCCCAGAGUCUCAGCCACUUAAGAGUAGGGUGAAUCUUGGAUAAUUCUGGUAGCAAAUUUAUUUAUUGGUAGAAAAUAAAUGCAAACUACUACUGCUUAAGACCCUCUAAAGUUUUUCUCUUGGAAAAAGAAUUUAUUAGAAUUGUGGACUUUAUCAGUGCAAGGAUUUAUUUAUCCUUGGAAUUAGGCAGAAUAAACAAUUGAAUGCCAAAAAUUCAACGUGUUUCUUUUCUGUUUUCAAAACUCAUAGAAAUUGUAAAUAUGAGCAACUGAUCAUGUCUCUGAGAAUUAACUCUUUUUGUACAGAGCGCUGCAGAGCUUUGAUUGUGACCUGAUACUUGGUCCUUAAAGAUUCUACAACACCAAUGGAAAAGAAAACCAUGUAGCAAAUUAGCCCAAGAACCGUUAAAGACAAAACAAAACAAACCAAAACCAAAACACACAAACAAAGAAAACACAAGAAUCCCAGUGAUGUCCCUAAGGAAUAGUUGGCUUAAAAACUUUCUGGAAGGAGGAGGGGUCUCUGUUAUAAACUUCCGCCCUCCUCUGGCUUCUGUUCCCUUACCCUCUGCCCCCUGCGGAGUUGUGUUUUCUGGGAAUCAGCAAGUAAGAUCACAAGUGGUCUUUUCUUUUAUUCACUCUCUCCCAUAAAGAAAGCUUUAUCACGUGUGGCCUUAAACUUGCAGCAAAUUGCAAAGAAAUGGCUCAAAAGCUUCAGCUCUUUCUGUGCCCUGGGAGCUGAGAUGUACGUCAGUGGCCUUGCCAGCGUGGCCAAUUCUCUGCUGACUGCCAGAAAAAAGAGGCCAGGAAGAAAGAGGAAAGAGAAGAGAUCGCUCAGGGUCUGUGGUGUGUGGUCCAUCCUCUUGCUGAGCACAUUGAAAGGAACUGGCUAUCUUUGAUCUCUUCCUCCAGAUCAGAGUCAAGGAAUGUGUUUAUAAUGGACACUUCAUCCAAAGAAAAUAUCCAGUUGUUCUGCAAAACUUCAGUGCAACCUGUUGGAAGGCCUUCUUUUAAAACAGAAUAUCCCUCCUCAGAGGAAAAGCAACCAUGCUGUGGUGAACUAAAGGUGUUCUUGUGUGCCUUGUCUUUUGUUUACUUUGCCAAAGCAUUGGCAGAAGGCUAUCUGAAGAGCACCAUCACUCAGAUAGAGAGAAGGUUUGAUAUCCCUUCUUCACUGGUGGGAGUUAUUGAUGGUAGUUUUGAAAUUGGGAAUCUCUUAGUUAUAACAUUUGUUAGCUACUUUGGAGCCAAACUUCACAGGCCAAAAAUAAUUGGAGCAGGGUGUGUAAUCAUGGGAGUUGGAACACUGCUCAUUGCAAUGCCUCAGUUCUUCAUGGAGCAGUACAAAUAUGAGAGAUAUUCUCCUUCCUCCAAUUCUACUCUCAGCAUCUCUCCGUGUCUCCUAGAGUCAAGCAGUCAAUUACCAGUUUCAGUUAUGGAAAAAUCAAAAUCCAAAAUAAGUAACGAAUGUGAAGUGGACACUAGCUCUUCCAUGUGGAUUUAUGUUUUCCUGGGCAAUCUUCUUCGUGGAAUAGGAGAAACUCCCAUUCAGCCUUUGGGCAUUGCCUACCUGGAUGAUUUUGCCAGUGAAGACAAUGCAGCUUUCUAUAUUGGGUGUGUGCAGACGGUUGCAAUUAUAGGACCAAUCUUUGGUUUCCUGUUAGGCUCAUUAUGCGCCAAACUAUAUGUUGACAUUGGCUUUGUAAACCUAGAUCACAUAACCAUUACCCCAAAAGAUCCCCAGUGGGUAGGAGCCUGGUGGCUUGGCUAUCUAAUAGCAGGAAUCAUAAGUCUUCUUGCAGCUGUGCCUUUCUGGUAUUUACCAAAGAGUUUACCAAGAUCCCAAAGCAGAGAGGAUUCUAAUUCUUCCUCUGAGAAAUCCAAGUUUAUUAUAGAUGAUCACACAGACUACCAAACACCCCAGGGAGAAAAUGCAAAAAUAAUGGAAAUGGCAAGAGAUUUUCUUCCAUCACUGAAGAAUCUUUUUGGAAACCCAGUAUACUUCCUAUAUUUAUGUACAAGCACUGUUCAGUUCAAUUCUCUGUUCGGCAUGGUGACGUACAAACCAAAGUACAUUGAGCAGCAGUAUGGACAGUCAUCCUCCAGGGCCAACUUUGUGAUCGGGCUCAUCAACAUUCCAGCAGUGGCCCUUGGAAUAUUCUCUGGGGGGAUAGUUAUGAAAAAAUUCAGCAUCAGUGUGUGUGGAGCUGCAAAACUCUACUUGGGAUCAUCUGUCUUUGGUUACCUCCUAUUUCUUUCCCUGUUUGCACUGGGCUGUGAAAAUUCUGAUGUGGCAGGACUAACUGUCUCCUACCAAGGAACCAAACCUGUCUCUUAUCAUGAACGAGCUCUCUUUUCAGAUUGCAACUCAAGAUGCAAAUGUUCAGAGACAAAAUGGGAACCCAUGUGCGGUGAAAAUGGAAUCACAUAUGUAUCAGCUUGUCUUGCUGGUUGUCAAACCUCCAACAGGAGUGGAAAAAAUAUUAUAUUUUACAACUGCACUUGUGUGGGAAUUGCAGCUUCUAAAUCCGGAAAUUCCUCAGGCAUAGUGGGAAGAUGUCAGAAAGACAAUGGAUGUCCCCAAAUGUUUCUGUAUUUCCUUGUAAUUUCAGUCAUCACAUCCUAUACAUUAUCCCUAGGUGGCAUACCUGGAUACAUAUUACUUCUGAGGUGCAUUAAGCCACAGCUUAAGUCUUUUGCCUUGGGUAUCUACACAUUAGCAAUAAGAGUUCUUGGAAUCCCAGCUCCAGUGUAUUUUGGAGUUUUGAUUGAUACUUCAUGCCUCAAAUGGGGAUUUAAAAGAUGUGGAAGUAGAGGAUCAUGCAGAUUAUAUGAUUCAAAUGUCUUCAGGUACCAAAUCAAAAGCAUUCCCGCAUCUCACUGCUACAGCAUCCCAGAUUUACACAAUGCCACUGACACUAACAAGUUUUCAUGUCAUUUCACUGCUUGUAAGACAUAUAUAUCUGGGACUAACUGUGAUACUGGGCACAGUGUCAAUUCUCCUAAGCAUUGCAGUACUUUUCAUUUUAAAGAAAAAUUAUGUUUCAAAACACAGAAGUUUUAUAACCAAGAGAGAAAGAACAAUGGUGUCUACAAGAUUCCAAAAGGAAAAUUACACUACAAGUGAUCAUCUGCUACAACCCAACUACUGGCCAGGCAAGGAAACCCAACUUUAGAAACAUGAUGACUGGAAGUCAUGUCUUCUAAUUGGUGGACAUUUUGCAAACAAAUAAAUUGUAAUCAAAAGAGCUCUAAAUUUGUAAUUUCUUUCUCCUUUCAAAAAAUGUCUACUUUGUUUUGGUCCUAGGCAUUAGGUAAUAUAACUGAUAACAAAUAUACUGAAACAUAUAAUGGAAGAUGCAGAUGAUAAAACUAAUUUUGAACUUUUUAAUUUAUAUAAAUUAUUUUAUAUCAUUUACUUAUUUCACUUUAUUUUGCUUUGUGCUCAUUGAUAUAUAUUAGCUGUACUCCUAGAAGAACAAUUGUCUCUAUUGUCACACAUGGUUAUAUUUAAAGUAAUUUCUGAACUGUGUAAUGUGUCUAGAGUAAGCAAAUACUGCUAACAAUUAACUCAUACCUUGGGUUCCUUCAAGUAUUACUCCUAUAGUAUUUUCUCCCAUAGCUGUCUUCAUCUGUGUAUUUUAAUAAUGAUCUUAGGAUGGAGCAGAACAUGGAGAGGAAGAUUUCAUUUUAAGCUCCUCCUUUUCUUUGAAAUACAAUAAUUUAUAUAGAAAUGUGUAGCAGCAAAUUAUAUUGGGGAUUAGAAUUUUGAAUUAAUAGCUCUCCUACUAUUAAUUUACAUGUGCUUUUUGUGUGGCGCUAUAAGUGACUAUGGUUGUAAAGUAAUAAAAUUGAUUUUAACAUGCCCAA